CCGGUUCCGGCGGCGGCGGCGGCGCGGGGGAGGCACCGGGAGGAGGAGAAGGAGCGGAAGGAGGAGAACGAACAACAACAAGGGAAAGGAGGGCACGGACGAGAGGCGGCGGCGCCACCGACCGCGGCCGCAGCGGGACCGAGCGGCCGGAGCCUGAGCCGCCUCCGCUCCCCCGCCCCGCACUACCGGGAACGAUCCGCCCCCCCCCCCGCCCCGGUCCCCGCCCGCCUCCUGCCCCGUUUCCCCCCUCCCUUCCCGUCCUCCUCCUCCUCCUCCUCCUUGUGCCGGAACCCGCCUCGCUCCUCCCGGCCCGCGCCGCCCCCGCAGGAGGAAGAGGAUGAAGGCCGGCUGCAGCAUCGUGGACAAGCCCGAGGGAGGAGGGGGCUACCACUUCCCCGAGUGGGCGUACAAGACGGAGUCGAGCCCGGGCUCGCGGCAGAUCCAGCUGUGGCACUUCAUCCUGGAGCUGCUGCAGAAGGAGGAGUUCCGGCACGUCAUCGCCUGGCAGCAGGGCGAGUACGGCGAGUUCGUCAUCAAGGACCCCGACGAGGUGGCGCGGCUCUGGGGGCGCCGCAAGUGCAAGCCCCAGAUGAACUACGACAAGCUCAGCCGCGCACUCAGAUAUUACUACAACAAGAGGAUCCUGCACAAGACCAAGGGCAAAAGAUUCACCUACAAAUUCAACUUCAACAAGCUGGUGAUGCCCAAUUAUCCCUUCAUCAACAUCCGGCCCAACGGCGUGGUUCCGCAGAGCGCCCCGCCCGUGCCCACGGCCUCCUCCCGCUUCCAUUUCCCCCCUCUGGAGCCGCACUCUCCCACCGAGGAGGGCCCGGGCCGCUUCGCCGCGGCCUCGCUGCUGCCGCCUCACGCCGAGGCGGCGCUGCCGGACGCCGAGCGCAAGGCGGAGCCCGCCGAGCUGGAGGAGAGCGCCCCCGAGUGGCGGCGGGACCUGCUGGCGCCGCCGCACGCCGCGGCCGCGGCCGGGCCCAAGCGCAAGCCCGAGGUGGUGCUGCCGCUGUUCUCGCGGCCCGGCAUGUUCCCCGAGCACCCGCACAGCCCCUUCGCCGUGUCGCCGCUGCCGGGCCGCCCCGGCGUGCUCAACGUGCCCAUCUCGCCGGCGCUGUCGCUGACGCCCACGCUCUUCUCGUACAGCCCUUCGCCGGGGCUCAGCCCGUUCGCCGCCGCCGGCAGCAGCUGCUUCUCCUUCAACCCCGAGGAGAUGAAGCACUACCUGCACUCGCAGGCCUGCUCCGUGUUCAACUACCACCUGAGCCCGCGGACUUUCCCCCGCUACCCGCUGGUGGUGCCGCCGCUGCAGUGCCCGGUGCCGCUGGAGGAGCAGCCGCAGUUCCCCAUCAAGCUGCAGCCGCCGCCCGCCGGCCGCAAGAACCGCGAGCGCCUGGAGAGCCCUGAGGGCGCCGCCACCAACAGCGGCAACAACAGCAAUGCCGAGCCGCCCCGCGUCAAGGUGGAGCCCGACAGGGAGGAGGAGCGGGACGAGGAGAAGCCGGAGAAGCGGGAGGAAGAGCAGGAGGAGGAGGAAGACGAGGAGAAGGCCGCGGAGGAGAAGGCCGCGGUGUUUGCCCGCCCGGCCGCUCCGGCCUGGGUGCCCGUCCCGCCUCAGCCCGGCUCGUCCGGAGAGGAGAACGUGGAGAAACAGCCCCGGGAUUGCCCCGGGGACGCCGCGGCCGGGCAGGAGAGGAGGGAGGACGCCCUGAUGCCCCCCAAGCUGCGGCUGAAGCGGCGCUGGAACGGAGAUUCCCGGCAGGAAAUGCCCGAGGAGCCGCGGCCCAACGGGGUCUGGCACCUGCCCAAAGCCGUGGCCGCCGCCUCCGACACCUAAUCCCGGCUGGAACGACAAAACAACACCACAAAACAACAACAAAACCUUGGCAAACAAACACCCGGAGGAGAAAUCCGUGUAUUUAUGUAGCAAGGUUGCAGAGCAGUUCGGGAUAAGGGCGGGGAGGGGGGCGCGGGGCAGGGCCGGGUUUUGGGGGCAUUUUCGGGGUGGGAGAAGGGAGGGGGCGGGCAGCUUCGGCCUUUGUGUUGUUUCUGUUGUUGACUUGCAGGUGAAGACGCAGCAGCCGGAAUUGCCGCAAUUCCCGCUGGCUUUUCCCGGGAAAAGCCGGCUGGAGCUCCAGGACUGGCACGGAAGGGAUUCCAGGCUCGGGGGGCUUUUUGGGACACCGGCAAUCUCCACAUCCAGGGGCUGUUGGCUUUUGAUUUUUUUCGGGGGAAUUUUUAUUUUUUACGGAUGCGAAGUUUCCCCGGCCAUCCAGGAGCUGGUUUGGUUCAUUUUUUUGUUGGGUUUUAUUUUUUGUUUGGUUUUUUUGGGAAAAGGAGGAGCUUGGGAAUUUUGCAUCGGGAAUUUUGCACUGUCCACGGAGCGGGGUUUGGGGCGGGGGGAAGAGGAUUCAGGAAAACUCGGAAAAUCGGGAUGGAGGCCGCGUCGUUCCCGGCGGAUUUCCGGGGAAAAUUCCCCUUUUCCCGCCUUUUUUUCUCUCUCUCUCUCACAGAAGCCAUGAGCAAAACUCUCCAAACUUUUUCAGGGAACGGGAACGGGAAUAACACAAAAUUAACCGGAUGCCUUUAAUCCUAACGCAUUAAAAAUGUUGGGGUUUGGUUUUUUUUUUUUUUUUCCCCUCCCUUUGGUUUCCGUGUGCCCGGAGCGGGAGGUUUUUUGUGUUUUCCCCGCUGUGGGAUCCGUGUGGGUGGAAUUUUUUGGGAAUGCUUGGAAGGAGCGCUGGAAUGAUUGUGGUGAGUCCCGGGAACGCCGGAAUUCCCGGCGCCAUUCCCAGAUUUUUUUUGGACCCUCCCCCUUUUCUUCCCCGUUUGACUCAUGCCUUAAAGAAGAAAAAAAAGACAAAAAAACAACAAAAAAAAAAAAAAAAAGGAGAAGGAACCACGUUUGGACUUUUUGUGGGAAUCUCUGGAUUGGGCGGGCGCUGCCCGGAUUUUGGGGGCAGAUCCCGAAUUUCGCCGCUCUGUCCCUGCUGGAAGGAGCAGAAUUCCCAAAAUCCCGGCCCGGCCGGGUCCGGGAGCCUCGGAAUGUGGAGCUCCAAGAGUUUGGGGUGCGAAACCCCCUGGAUUAUCCCAAAAACAAAAAAACCCCACAAAAUAACGCAAAGCAACCGACCGACCGGCCCGGAGAGGGCGCGAGGAGGAACUCAGGAAUUACACAGGAGGCCUUUCCCGAAUUCCCGCCGCCGAUCCCAAAUCCAAGUGCCGGAACCGUCGGGAAAAAGCAGGAACAAAAAAAAAAAAAAAAAUGGGGGGAAAACGCCGGAAUUUUCCUCUUUUCAUUUCCCCCCCCCCCUCUUCCGAUCCUUCGGGAUCCCAGGGAGGAGAAGGAGGAAAGUUGGAAUUGUUGUGGCUUUAAAAAAAAACAAAAAAAAAAGGAUUUUUUUGGGAUUGGGGGUUUUUUGGGAAGGGUGGGAAUGUUGGGGUUUUUUUUUUUUUUGUUUUUCCACAGCCAUUGCACUGCAGAAAAAAAAAACAACAAAAAUAAGAAAAAAAAUGAAAAUAAAAUAAAAAUAACUUGGGAGAGUUCAGGGAAUUCCGGACUCAGGACGACGGAUCCGGCGCCUCUCGGGAAUUCCAGAAUUCCCAACGGAGCCCGGGAGCAGGAAGAAAAAAAAUAAAAAUAAAAUAAAAGCAGGAAGAGGAGAAGGAAAAACAAAAAGCAAAAAAAAAAAAAAAAAAGCAGGAAGAGGAGAAGGAAAACGUGUAAAAAAAAAAAAAAAAACGGAUUUAAAGGAAAAAAAAAAAAAAUCAACCAGAUCCAAAUUUUAUGGAGAAAAAAAACAAAAUCGGAAGUUUCGAGGAAAAAUCGCUCAAAUUCCAGCGUGCCAAACCAUUUAAUAGAAAACAAACCCUCGGGAAGUUGGGAAUGGUUGGAAUUCUCUCCUGGAUGAAUUUGCCCCGGAGCAUGGUCCCGUUUUUUUCCAGCCGUUUUUGUUUUUGUUGGUAAUUUCGCUUCUUUUUCGUAGCAAAUCCGUAGGAAAAAUGUAAAAAAAAAAAAAGGACAAAAAACGACAAAAAAAAAAAGAGACUUUUUGAUGGGACAGCCCCAAAAAGGGGGAAUUUCUGGGGAGGAAUUUCCCAAAAAAGGAGGAACAGGAGGAAAAAUCCAACAGCAUUAAUGGGGUUGUCCCGGAGUUUUUUAUUUAUUCCAUAAUUAUGUUGAGGUUUUGUAUUAUUUUAAGCUGUUUUUUCCGUUGGUUUCUUUCCUUUUUUUCGCGUCUCCGCGUCCUGGUGGGAUUGAAAAAGAAAAAAAACCAGGAAUUUUCUCUCGGUUGAAAUCAUCAAAAAUCCGGAAAAACUUUGGAUUUUUCCGGGUGAAAAACUUUGAUUUUUUUUUUGGUUUUUUUUUAGCGCUUUUUAAACCGGUAUUUACGCUUUUCUUUGGGUUCCAAAAACCCCUUUUUCGAGGGAUUUCGAGGGAUUUGAACUCUCCCCGGUGGGAAUCCGGCAGGAAUCCAUCGGGAAAAUUGAUGGAAUUUGGGAUGGGGAGCGUGGCUUUGUACAUAGGGUGUAAAGUAGAGGGGCAAAAAAACAAAAAAAAAAAAGACAAAAAAUCCGAAAUUUGUGCCUUUAAAAAAAUUCCGAUUUCUAUAAAAAUCAGAUUUAAAAAAAAGGGUUGCAUAUAUAUAUUAUAUAUAUAUAUGAUGGAGUGCUAGAGAAAUUUAUGGAUAAUAUACAUAUUUUUUUCCAGGGGUAUCCCAUAGCUCCGUAUUUUGUUAUGGAAGUUGAAAAAAAAAAAAAACGGAAAAAAGGAAAAAAAAAAAAAGACCUGAAAAAUAAAAAGUAUUUUACCUCGAAUUCAAAACGUUAAAUAAAAACCUUUUAACAGAGA